AUGAUGAGACAAUGGCAUGCGGCAGCGAUUGUUGUGAGUUUCUUAACGCCUGCCGCUGGGCUGUGUGAAGAUGUUGAAUGCCAAGUCGCCACUGCAGCUCGCUUCGCGCCAGUCUACCGGCUCGACUACACGUCCGUGACUGAAAAGAGAUGUUUGCCGGGCCAUCCGGCUACGGUCUAUGAGCAGCGCAAGGCAGGGAAUGACGAAGACAUAUGCGAGGAUGACGUCACAAAGUUGGAGAAUGUGCCAAUUUUUUACCAGUACGAGGAGUGUAGUUCGGGAGCGGUCGUCAUAGACUAUUGGAUUUGGUACAGUCAUCAGCCAGCGUGCUUGCAGAUCAAAGUGAGUGGGAUCAUGAAUGAUGAGUAUGGCGCGCACCGAGCAGACUGGGAGCAUGUGGUGGUCCACAUUCACAAUGACGAGGUCAAAAAGGUUCGAUAUCAUCAGCACAGUGGCUCCUACACCAAGCACCGGAGCAGUGUUGAGUUUGUGGACACUCACCCAGUUGCUUAUGUGGGUCAAGACAGUCAUGGCAGCUAUCACGAUGAAGGAGGCACUGGAAAUUGCUUAUACUUCCAGGAUUACCGGCGCUUUCAGGACCCACAGUUGAAGGUGGACGGCUGGAAAAACCUGAUCAGUAUCAAGAAUCACACUGAGAUGCCAGAGUGGUUCACCUCACCCGGCGAGUACUUGGACGGCUUUCCGAACCCAGCCAGUUUGCAAGGAAGGUCUGGGUGCAGAAAACCUUCAUGCGACGGCCUUGACUCAUGGAUUGCAGCCACAGAGGUCUGCACAGGAAAGAGCUGCGGCUGCCGCAAGAGCGACUACUGUGAGGAUAUCAAAUUUGGUGAUAUCACUGACACGAAGCCUUGCGAGGAUACAAGCUUCAACGACAUAACAAAAAAUCUGUUGGAUCAGCUGCAUAGUGCUCAAGUCAGUGGAACCUCGGCACUGAGAUCCUUGUGGGCCAUUGUGUUGCCAGUUUUUUUGCACUGCUGGUAA